UGAUCCAAGCACGUGACAAACACGGGUGCGUUUUCGGACACGUUAUUUCCAAGUGAAGGUGAACCUUGAAAUUCUGGCAAAUCUUUUGAAAAGGAAAGAAAACCUCCGACAGCUUGCGUGGCGGUGACGCCACGUGGACCUGUCGUGGACUUUGGCGUUGAGGUCAUGCCCUUCGGUCCUUAGUCUCUCGAUAACUCCGGUCAGUUCCGGAGCCGAGGGUUUCGAACAUCCCCCGGCGUAUUAAAAAGCCGUGGUGAACAUUCUUUAUCAGAGCAGCGACGACAUCAUCGGAACGGCGAGACCUCUGCACUACGUCGACAGUACUUUCGCUUCAACUUCGAUAAGAAUAGAUUUGAGUCGGAUAACCCUCAGUCCGUGCUGACAGUUACUCACCGCAGCGCCGCAUUUGCUGGGAGGGCAAUCAUGGCGCGUUUCUUGGUAACAUGUCUUCUCUUAGGAGCGCUGCUGGGCUGCGCCUUAGCUGCUCGCCAGACCGUACUGGACAGUUUGUCGGAGAGGAUGAUCGGUGGCGACGCCCAAACAAUCAAGUGGCUGCAGCAGAUCCUGCGCACGCGCGGCACUAACCAGGGCGAGGAGGAGGAGAACUGCGCCAUCAUCGCGACCAAGUACAACGUGCCACCCUACAUGCGCAACGACUUCAUAGACGCCUGGCUCAAGGUCCAGGACCGCACGAUGAAGGACGAGGGCCUGCAAGUGUACGACCUGAAGAAGACGAUGGGCGACAACGUGUUCUUCUGGACGUACGGAGAAUGGGAGUCGAUGGACAAGUUCAUGGACCACCUGAAUGCGGACUACAUGAUGGACUUCCUCAACUUCCUGGAUGACAAGGACGUCACGUGGCACAUGUACCCCCUCAAGAACGUCACCGACAAGUCCGCCAUGCACAGCGAGGUGGCGGAGGUCAGCCGCAAGGGCAAGGGCAAGGGCGUUGACCCGCGAGAUAUGAAUGCGCACGUCGUCAUCGAGUACCAUGUGCUGCCAUCCAAGGUGGGUGAGUUCAUCGACGCUUGGAAGGACUGCGCUGCAGGGACCUGGGACGAGGAGAAGAACUCGCUUUACUCUCUGCGCAAAGUGGCCUCCAUGAACCACUACUUCGUGGCUUACGGAACCUGGGAGUCGUACGACGCUUACGUAGACCACUUCAUGGCCAAGCACACUCUCAAGCUACGCGAGUUCCUGGCUGAUAACAACAUCGUGUGGUUCUCUGAGCCUCUCAUGUCCAUGACCGAGACUACUGGCAAGAUGUAAAUCAAGAAGGGGAGGUGUGGUGGAAUAGAUAGUCGUGGCUGCAAUGGCAAUUGAGCGAAGCCAUGUGUUGGGACAGGCAUUGUUGUGCUUGCAUACCAUACAUAAACACAAUGAUGUACGGAAUUAGGUAGUAUUGCUUGGUCACGUGGCAGGAGGGUAAUGAGAAGUUGACAGUUGAAUGUUAUAUCCUGGUGCAGGGUUGACUGUCCUUCCGAGACACGAAGAGACGGGGAAAUAUCUUGUUGUAACGGAAAUGUACAUG